AUGCCCAAGCUCAAAUCGUCAUGGAUUGAAGACCCCGAAGAGGGUGCCGAAUACAUUGUCGAUAAUCUACAAAGCCCCUUACAUGGGCUCAUAUGCCAGUUCCCCACGUUCGAGGAGGGCCAAGCAGUUAUUUGGCUCGAGAAACCCUGCAAAGUGUGGAAAAUGAAGUUCGGCUCGGAGUCGCAGGACCAGUUCUUCGCGAACAUUCACUCCGACUAUUUGCGUCUAAAUACCCCGGACCUGGUCCUUGGAGCGCCAGAAGAGCGGCUCAGUCAGACGAAGCCGUCGGAGCCACACUCGUCAAUAUCCAAUCCUGAGCAUUCGCGGAAGCUGCGUUCUUUCGUUCGCAGGUUCAUUCAUGCCAGAAGGGAUAGAACAGUGGUGGCAUCAUAUUGA